CUUGCUCUCCGGCUCCCACCUGAGCUGACGCCUCCCAGAGAAAAGGUCUCGUUAAACUUUCAGGGGAGGGCAACGGGAGGGAAGGGAGAAAGGAAGAGAAGACAGAAGGAGAGAGAAACAAAUGGGGCUUUUUCUAAUCUGUGCCGAUCAAGGAAAACCUGUAGGGGUCCUUAAGGAGGUUUCAAGGCGUUCCGAGUGAUUGGAAAGUAAUCACCGUGUCAGCUUCACCUUUCUCAUGCAAAGUGGAUGUCGUAUGCAAGGCGGAUCCUGCUCGGUUGAUUUUUUUUUUUUUUUUUUUUUAAUUUCCAUUUCAUCCUCGGACUCAACCGCCCCCUAAAAGCCCCAGCUGCUCCGGCCCCGGCAGUUUCUGCUAAUGCGGGGGGAGCGGAGCAGGCACAGAGCACACAGGAGCCGGCCUAUUGCAAACCCGGACCAGAGGGCGGCGAGAAGGGCUGGGGGGGAUUUUUCAGGCCCCCCUCUUCAAUGGCUUAGAUAUUUCCUCCUCCUCCUCCUUUAUUCUACACUCGGAUAAACCAAUCCCCACCUCUCGGCAAGAAAGUACGGAGCUGUGACCCGUUCUAAGAAGAGGAAAAUCCCCGGAGGAACCCGCUGCACCAAAAAGCCGCCCGGAACAUGUGCAAGUUGCAGCAGUGAUCGCUCGGGGCUGCCCAGACUCAACUAUUCCGGCAUCGCUCUGCCUGCGCUGCGGGGAAGCAGCAGCAGGGAGGAGGAAGAGGAGGAGGAGGAAGAGUGGUGGAAAGACGGGUCGCAAAAGUGGAAGACCCGGCGAAAAGAAAGUUACUGGGCUCCCCACAGUAAGUUUUGCGCAUCUGUGGAUUGGGGGUACUUCACCUUUUCCCGGUUCGUUGCGAAGUUACCCGCCCGCCUCCCCGCGCUGCCGGCGGGGCCGAUGCGGAGCUGCGCGGGGCGCUGAGCGGGGCGGGCGAUGCUGCCCCGUGUGCCGCCGCCCCCCGCCGCCCAGCUGCCCCGCCGAGGUCGGGGGCGAUGCCGUCCCCAGCAGGAGCCGUGCGGCCGCUGAGCUGAGCCGCCUCCCGCUCCGCUCCCCUCCGCGCACGGCGCCGGGCACCUGCGGGACGGACCCGCGCUCCGGCCCCACGCGUGGCCGCCGCAAUGGGGCCAGCGCCCGGGAAGUUGGUGCGGACUCUGGUGGUGCUGUGCUGGCUGACCCGCUGCUGCGGCGGGAUCAGCUCCAUAGACAUUGACCGCCCCGGCGACGGGAGGUGCCAGCCGAUAGAAAUCCCCAUGUGCAAGGAUAUAGGGUACAACAUGACGAGGAUGCCUAACCUGAUGGGACACGAAAACCAAAGGGAAGCUGCCAUUCAGCUGCACGAGUUUGCCCCCUUGGUGGAGUAUGGUUGUCACAGCCAUCUGAAAUUUUUCCUCUGUUCCCUCUACGCCCCGAUGUGCACCGAGCAGGUUUCUACCCCAAUCCCUGCCUGCAGGGUUAUGUGCGAGCAGGCGAGGCUGAAAUGCUCCCCUAUUAUGGAGCAGUUCAAUUUUAAGUGGCCAGACUCCUUAGACUGCAGCAAACUGCCCAACAAGAAUGACCCCAAUUACCUGUGCAUGGAAGCCCCCAACAACGGAUCGGACGAGCCGCCCCGGGGAUCCAGCAUGCUGCCGCCCAUGUUCCGGCCACAGAGGCCCAGCAGUGGCCACGAUCUGCAGCAGCACAAGGACAGCCUGAGCAGAACCUCCUGUGACAAUCCCGGCAAGUUCCACCAUGUGGAAAAGAGCGCUUCCUGCGCGCCGCUCUGCACGCCGGGGGUUGAUGUUUACUGGAGCAAGGAUGACAAACAAUUUGCUGUCGUUUGGAUUGCCAUCUGGUCCAUCCUGUGCUUCUUCUCCAGCGCUUUUACUGUACUCACUUUUCUGAUAGAUCCUCAGCGUUUCAAGUACCCCGAGAGGCCCAUUAUCUUCCUCUCCAUGUGCUACUGCGUCUACUCGGUGGGGUACAUUAUUCGCCUCUUUUCAGGUGCUGAAAGCAUUGCCUGUGAUAGGGACAGCGGCCAACUCUAUGUCAUCCAGGAGGGACUGGAGAGCACUGGCUGCACCAUUGUGUUCCUGGUUCUGUAUUACUUUGGUAUGGCAAGUUCCUUGUGGUGGGUAAUCUUGACUUUAACUUGGUUUUUAGCAGCUGGGAAAAAAUGGGGGCAUGAAGCAAUUGAAGCAAACAGUAGCUACUUUCAUUUAGCAGCCUGGGCCAUUCCGGCUGUGAAGACCAUAAUGAUCCUAGUGAUGAGGAGGGUGGCUGGAGAUGAGCUGACAGGGCUGUGCUAUGUUGGCAGCAUGGAUGUGAAUGCCUUGACGGGGUUUGUACUCAUUCCUUUGGCUUGUUAUCUAAUCAUUGGCACUUCUUUUAUUCUUUCUGGUUUCGUGGCCCUUUUUCAUAUCAGGAGGGUGAUGAAAACCGGUGGAGAAAAUACUGACAAGUUGGAGAAACUUAUGGUCAGGAUUGGUGUCUUCUCAGUCUUGUAUACAGUGCCUGCAACUUGCGUGAUAGCUUGCUAUUUUUAUGAAAGACUUAAUAUGGAUUAUUGGAAAAUUGUGGCGACUCAACAGAAAUGCAAGAUGAACAAUCAGACUAAAAAUUUAGACUGCAUGAUGAAUGCCUCGAUUCCAGCAGUAGAAAUUUUCAUGGUCAAAAUUUUUAUGUUAUUAGUUGUGGGCAUUACUAGCGGUAUGUGGAUCUGGACUUCCAAGACUCUUCAGUCCUGGCAAAAUGUUUGUAGUCGAAGACUAAAGAAGAGAAGCAGGAGAAAACCUGCAAGUGUUAUUACAAGCAGCGGAAUCUACAAAAAGCCUCAACAUCCACAGAAAACUCACCUUGCAAAGUACGAGUCGACGUUACAACCACCCACUUGCGUGUGACCAGGUUUUGGAACAGACUAGAUCUCACCUCACACACUUAAAAAUGUCCACGGUAGCAGUCAGAAAGUCAAAAUUAAAUGGUGCUUUUUCUGUCAGAGAACAGUUUAAUAUCUCAAAGCAAAAAAUGUAUCAUGCUGAAUUUGGGACCUGGUGAAAAACCGAAGGUAAAUGUACUUAAGGAAAGGUUUGCAGUGAAAGAAAUAUUGUGAAUUAAAACAGUCUCUUCUGUUACUAAUUUGUAGUUAAGUACUUCACACAGCCCUCGGAUUAUUAUAUAUAUUUUUUUUUAUUAUUUUUUUUUAAACCACCCUAUUUAACUUUUUCAUGUAGCUGAGCUGGAUUUCCUACAGAUUUGAGUAACGAGGUAUAGCCAAGUUUUAUGGAGCAAGGAUUUGUAUUUGAGAAGUGCCCGAGUGUGCAUUGUCCCUGGGGAGCGGGUCCCAGCCAGGCCUGUCUGCCCUACGGUUCUGUCUCUCAAAGCAACUGCUGUGCUAACUUAAAAAAAAGGCAAAACAAAACGAGAGAGGAAUCCUUCACAACUCGUCUCAGCCGAGUGGGUUUGGAGUGCCUAAAAUAGAUUAAAUCUAUAAUGCUCACCACCGUUCUUUCACUAAAAGAGAAACUUCCUGCGCCAGACACAAACUUUGUGAAUAAGAAUAAUGUGCAAUACAUUUUUUUUUCCUUACCAUGACAUGAAAAGAGAAACAAGUAUUUUGCUGUACAUAAAGACAACAAAAGAAAUCUCUUAACAAAAGAACUAAGAGGUCUAGUCCUCAGAAACCCUUUAGUGUUACAUUUUGUGGCUUUUUAAUGGAAAUCAAGCCAAUGUUAUACACGUUUGGACUGAUUUGUGCAAAAAAAGAAAAGGGGGGGGGGAGAUCAAUUCAAAGAGACCCAAAGGGCUUAUUGACUCUUUCUAUUGUUAAACAAAUUCUCACUAUGAAUAGAUCAAGAAGCACUAGAUUCUGCAAAGGGAAGCUUUGUAUAGAGUGAUGCUCUUUACUGUGCUGGGGGUGCACAGUUUUGUGCUGUAUAUAUUUGUAACAUACAAUUAUUUUUCAUGCUCCAAUAUUUUAUUAAAAAUAAAAUAUGUUCUUUAGUUUGAUAA